AUGUGGUCAAUUAUCUAUAUUUUCACUCUUUUGUUGACCUUUAUUAACGCAGCUCCAUUAACGCAGGGAACCAGAGCCAAUGUGUCAUUGUAUCUAGAAUCAUCUGAUGAACUGUUGAACAAUAAGGUUCUUUAUACUGCCAAUCAAGGUAAUUUCAUUCAUUUUUACUAUGUUGGAGAAGAGUCUAUUCUGUUUGCAACUACAUUUAUGUAUGAUGGCGCCAAUUACCGCUUAUAUGAACAACAAAAAGGAAGCAAUGAUAAAUAUUACUUAACUAUUCUUGAUUCUAUGUUGAGAGGUCAAAAAGAUUCCGGGUUGAAAGUAACUUUGAACACUGAUGGUAGUUUGGAUUUUGCUGGAAGUGAUCACUUGUAUGCUUAUAAAAUGAGUGAUGGAACUAUUAAGUUCUUGGUCCUUUUGUUUGUUGGUGAAAUCCCUACAAACGUAACUCCCGUUAAAGUUAAAGCUAAAAUAAACUGGGCAACUUUGUAA